AUGCUUGUACGGCAUACCCACGUUCGAUAUGGUCAUCUGCGCAGGCAUUUGCAGCCAGCAAAGGAUGAGGAGACGUUUGAUAGACAGCUCGACUUGUUGUUUGUUGUAGCGUGCCUUGGCAGCUCGAUAGUAGUUAUUGCCGUUCAGGAAGUAGCUAGCCCCAGUCAGGAGGAUAUCCGUGUCGUUUGCCAGCUUGAUCCCUCGGACUACCCAUCUAGCUCUGACAUAGGAUUCUUGUCCUUGUGGGAACUUCUGAUCAUAAACCCGGUCGCCAUCGAGCACUUUGGCAUCGAGGCCGAGGGAUAA